CUCUCUCUCCAAAACCAAUGCAAAAGUUCCCAAGUCCUUUUCUGUGGAACUACCCUUCCCUUCUUGGGUUGAAAACAUUUGAGAUUAUAGCCUAAGUACUAAGCAAGGUUAGGUAAAGGAUAGCGGCCUGAACACCAGCUCCCACUCUGCACCCUUACUUUCUUACAGCACCUCCACUCCGCGGCAUGGAUUUCAGUUUUCUGUUGUAAUUCAAUCAUCAGGUUCAUCCUUGACGACUUACAACAAAUGAUUUCAUAGUUACAGAGAGUCCAGCUAGGAAGAACCCUCGGUGGCCUGGUUUACAACCGGAUCGACUUCUUUAGCGUUGCUGCUCAUCUUUCAAUCAAAAUGCAGCUCCUCCUAUCACCCAGUUUGCGCCACGUUACGGUGCUUCCAGGAAAAGGGUUGAGGGAAUUUAUCAAGGUGAAGGUCGGGGCCAGACGAGUUUCUUAUCGGAUGAUUUUCUACUCGCUCUUGCUCUUGGCUUUUCUGCUUCGCCUCGUCUUCGUCAUGACCGCCAUGGAUACCAUCGACGGAGAAACCAAAUGCUCUACCAUAGGAUGCGUGGGGAAGAGACUAGGACCGAGGAUUUGGGGAAGAAGUCCAGAACCAAUGAAUGUGCCAGAAGAGAUGUAUCGUGUCUUAGAAGAAAAAGUGGGUGAAGAAGAAACGCAAGUAGGAUCUGAGGUUCCACUGUCACUGGAGGAGUUGGUUGCAGAAGCAAAGAGCAACAACAAAUCCGACUUGAGGACCUUCACGCUGAAGCUCAAGGCUAUGGUGACCCUGCUUGAACAGAAGACUCGAGCAGCUAAAAUCCAAGAAUAUCUGUACCGCCACGUUGCAUCCAGUAGCAUACCUAAGCAGCUACACUGCUUUGCUCUAACGCUGGCCAACGAGCACUCCAACAAUGCCGCUGCAAGGCUCCAGCUUCCGGCGCCGGAGCACGUACCUUACCUCGCCGACAACUCAUUAUUCCACUUCGUCCUUGCCUCCGACAAUGUCCUCGCUGCCUCCGUGGUUGCAUCGUCUCUGGUUCGCAACUCGUUGCGUCCCGAAAAGGUUGUCCUUCACAUCAUUACCGAUCGAAAGACUUAUUCUAGCAUGCAGGCGUGGUUCUCUCUGCACCCUUUAACGCCGGCGAUCAUUGAGGUUAAAGGGUUGCACCAUUUCGAUUGGCUUACCAAGGGGAAGGUCACGGUGUUGGAGGCGAUGAAGAAGGAUCAGAAGCUCCGGUCGCAGUUCAGAGGAGGAUCAUGGGCGAUCGUUGCCAAUAACAUCGAGAAACCUUACGUCAUCGCAUCGAAGCUCCAAGCACUUAGCCCCAAAUAUAAUUCAGUAAUGAAUCACAUACGCAUACAUUUACCGGAGCUAUUUCCGAGUCUCAAUAAGGUAGUCUUCCUAGAUGACGACAUCGUGGUCCAAACUGAUCUUUCACCUCUCUGGGAUAUCCAUAUGAAGGGCAAGGUGAAUGGAGCAGUUGAGACGUGCAGAGGAGAUGAUAAGUUCGUUAUGUCCAAGCGAUUGAAGAGCUAUUUGAACUUCUCCCAUCCAUUGAUAUCAGAAAAUUUCGAUCCCAGUGAAUGUGCCUGGGCCUAUGGUAUGAACAUUUUUGACCUGGAGGCGUGGAGAAAGACAAACAUAAGCCGCACCUACCAUUAUUGGCUUCGGAAGAACUUGAAAUCGGAUCUUAGUCUCUGGCAACUGGGGACGUUACCUCCUGGUUUGAUAGCAUUCCAUGGUCAUGUUCACAUUAUCGAUCCCUUUUGGCACAUGUUGGGGCUGGGAUACCAGGAAAAUACAAGUAUUGCCGACGCUGAAAAGGCUGGUGUGAUCCAUUUCAAUGGCAGAGCAAAACCUUGGCUUGAGAUAGCUUUUCCCCAGCUCCGGCCACUAUGGGCCAAGUACGUUGACUUCUCUGAUAAAUUCAUCAAGACCUGUCAUAUUAAAGCUCCCUAACCUGGAACCCGAAGACGUAGAUGUUACAAAAGGAUAGCUGAAGAUACUGAUCAUAUAGUUGAGAAAGAAUGCAGAAGAGAGACCUUGUUAUUGCUCUCGGAUAGCCAGGGGAAGGAAAGGGGUUGAUGACUUGCAUCUGAUCUCAAGAGUUAAAACUCUGCUUCCCUUGUUACCAAACUGCCACUUUGUCUCCUUAUAUUGUAAUGUAAAGAGGAAAGGGCAUUCUGAAAUUCUUGAACCAUACUACUUUCUAUGGAAUAUUGGAUGGAAUUUGUAGAGAGAUCGAGAUUGCUUUCUUGAAUUA